AGAAACAAAAACAAAAGCGCAUUUUCUUAAGUGAUUCUGAAGCAUAGAGACAACAGAGGCCAUCGAUAGCCAGCACCGAUACGAGCAAGGCACUCCCAUUUUCUUCAAUUUUCCAUAUCCGGGAUGCAUGAUUGCCUCUUCAAUCUCCAUAAUUUCCUUGCUUCCUUUUAAGAUGAACUCUGUCAUUGCUACAUAACAUCUAUGCAGUAAUAAAACUUGAACGUUGAUAUGCAUACUAAAGUUUUAUAAAAAGCAAGUGAUCUUAUAAUUGUCGGAUUCAUGAUUUACCAAUAGUUUCAGGAGGGUCUUUACUGUGCCUUGGUGGUAUGCUGAAAUACUCAUUGGUAAAACAAAUUCCAAUUUUAUCCCAGUAAUCGAUUUGCUGAUAUUAUAAGUGCUUGAAGAGCAUUUUCGAAGCUACUAUGGAAAAGUGGAGAUAUUUAUAGGUCGUCAACUGUAAGAGAUUGGGAAUCUCCUGCUGCCAAGCAAGAAGCUUUUCCGAGUUCUUUUGAUAUCACAAAGCAACUGGAGAGAUAAGCAUGUCCACGGAGAACUGAGGACGGAAUAGAGGGCAAGUAGAUUACUCUGUGUGUUAUGAGCCAGAAUUUUUGUUCAAUUUGAAUCACUUGUGGCUCCUGGGAGAAUUUUGUAAGGGGGUUCUUUAGAUUUGCAUCGUUCGUGCUCCUGGGGCACUUUGCAAGGGGGUUUUGAGUCUGCAGAUUAUGACAUGGCAAUCGCUAAGUCGGAGGCAGGUAGCAAUAGUAUGCUUAGUAAGACUACCCUUGGUUUGGGUGGAAAGCAUGGUCUCUAUUCAACCAAUGGUGUGCAUGAGUUACUUGAGUGCCCCGUCUGCACAAAUUUGAUGUACCCUCCUAUACAUCAGUGUCCUAAUGGCCACACGCUAUGUUCAGACUGCAAGAUAAGGGUGCACAAUUGUUGCCCCACUUGUCGCUAUGAGCUUGGAGAUAUAAGGUGUUUGGCUUUGGAGAAAGUUGCUGAAUCGUUGGAACUUCCAUGCCGAUACCAGAGUUUAGGCUGUCAUGAUAUUUUUCCAUACUACAGCAAGCUCAAACAUGAGCAACACUGUCGAUUUCGUCUAUACAACUGCCCUUAUGCUGGAUCUGAGUGCUCUGUUACAGGUGAUAUCCCCACUCUCGUUGGGCAUCUUAAGGAGGAUCACAAGGUUGACAUGCAUGAUGGGUGCACCUUCAACCAUAGAUAUGUUAAAGCAAACCCAAAUGAAGUUGAAAAUGCAACUUGGAUGCUUACUGUCUUCAAUUGUUUUGGAAGACAGUUCUGUUUGCACUUUGAGGCUUUCCAGUUAGGAAUGGCUCCGGUCUACAUGGCUUUUUUACGAUUCAUGGGUGAUGAUAUUGAGGCUAAGAAGUUCGGCUAUAGUUUGGAAGUUGGUGCAAAUGGCCGUAAGCUAAUAUGGCAGGGGAUACCUAGGAGUAUUCGUGACAGUCAUGGAAAAGUUCGAGACAGCCAGGAUGGACUCAUUAUUCAGAGGAACCUGGCUCUCUAUUUCUCAGGCGGGGAUAGGCAAGAACUAAAGUUGAGGAUUACUGGCCGUAUAUGGAAAGAAGAAUGAAGAUCUGGGUAGAUGAUUGGUGUUUAGGUGUACAGUUAAAAACUGAGACUAGCUAGGGUAGCUCCACGUAGAAGCGUCAAUGUGUUUCGCUUGGUUUUCUUCAUUUGAACUUGGAGUUGAAGUGACUGAGCUUGAGGGUAUUUUGAAAACUUGAUUAUCCGCUGACCGCUGUAAGAUCAGAGCUGCAGCUUAGCGUCGGAAAAUGGAUAUUUGGGUUAUUUAAGGGGUUCGAUUGUGUAUCCUUUGCUCUCAAGACUGACACAAAGUCCUUGGCUUUAUAUGUAUCUAAAUACACCUAUUGCCAUGUAUUCUGUACCUAUGUGUUUCUGAUGUAAUGUGGCCAUUAACACCGUAUGGCCUGAAGUAAUGAAUCCAUUCAAGAGAUUUCUUCU